GUUGCUCGCUGCAGCGACGUGCCUCUAUGAACCUCCGAUCUAUACGCACAAGCGACAUAUACAUAUGCUUAUUACGGGCUGGGCCAAGGUCCCAGGCUCACGACUGAAUGACGUAGGUUUCCUCCUCCAUGCAAGCAUUGCGCAUUACAUUUAAACCCGCACUCCCCCCACUAACUUGUCUUCUUUACUUAGUGAUUCGUACAGAUGCAGCGCACUGUGCAGGGUAUUUCGCAGCUUGCGCGUGCGCUGUCGUCCGCGCACGCGGUCGCGGGCCAGCGCUGCUUCGCUGCGCAGCCGGCGCUGUCCAACGAGGAGGAGUACAGUCGCUUCUCUCAGGAUGCUAGCCGGGCGCAUGUGACGUGGCCCAAGGUCCUGAACGCCGGCCUGGCUGAGGUGGACCCAGAUCUCUUCGACAUCAUUGAGAAGGAGAAGAACCGCCAGUUCAAGGGCCUGGAGCUGAUCCCCUCGGAGAACUUCGUGUCUGCCUCGGUGAUGGAGGCGGUGGGCAGCGUCAUGACCAACAAGUACAGCGAGGGCUACCCCGGCGCCCGCUACUACGGCGGCAACGAGUUCAUUGACCAGGCAGAGCGCCUGUGCCAGGAGCGUGCGCUGAAGGCAUUCCACCUGGACCCGGCUCAGUGGGGCGUCAACGUGCAGUCGCUGUCGGGCUCGCCCUCCAACUUCCAGGUGUACACGGCGCUGCUGCAGCCGCACGACCGCAUCAUGGCGCUGGACCUGCCCCACGGCGGCCACCUCAGCCACGGCUACCAGACUGAUACCAAGAAGAUCAGCGCCACCUCCAUCUACUUUGAGCAAAUGCCGUACCGCCUGAACGAGGAGACUGGCCUGAUCGACUACGACAUGCUGGAGAAGACGGCCGUGCUGUUCCGCCCCAAGCUCAUUGUGGCGGGUGCCUCCGCCUACACCCGCCACUACGACUAUGCCCGCAUGCGCGCCAUCGCCGACAAGGUGGGCGCCUGGCUGCUGGCGGACAUGGCGCACAUCAGUGGCCUGGUGGCGGCGGACCUGGUGCCCUCGCCCUUCGGCUUCGCGGACGUGGUCACCACCACCACUCACAAGUCCCUGCGCGGUCCCCGCGGCGCCAUGAUCUUCUACCGCAAGGGUGUGCGCCGCACGGACGCCAAGACCGGCAAGCCCAUCAACUACGACAUCGAGGACAAGAUCAACUUCGCCGUGUUCCCCGGCCUGCAGGGUGGCCCCCACAACCACACCAUCGCCGGUCUGGCCUGCGCGCUGAAGCAGGCGGCCACCCCUGAGUUCAAGUCCUACCAGCAGCAGGUGCUGUCCAACAGCCAGGCCCUGGCCGGCGCCCUGGCCAAGCGCGGCUUCAAGCUGGUGUCGGGCGGCACCGACAACCACAUCGUGCUGGUGGACCUGCGGCCAAAGGGCGUCGACGGCAGCCGCGUGGAGCGUGUGCUGGAGCUGGCGCACAUCGCCGCCAACAAGAACACUGUGCCCGGCGACGUGAGCGCGCUGGUGCCCGGCGGCCUGCGCAUGGGCUCGCCUGCCCUCACCUCGCGCGGCUUUGUGGAGAAGGACUUCGAGCAGGUGGCUGAGUUUGUGGACCGCGCCGUGAACAUCGCGGUGGACCUCAAGAAGAAGUACCCCAAGCUCAAGGAGUUCCGCGAGGCCAUGGCCAAGGAGUCCACCCCCGACAUCAACGCGCUGAAGAAGGACGUGGAGACCUUCGCGAUGCGCUUCCCCACGAUAGGCUUCGACAAGGCCGCCAUGCGCUACAAGAACUAAGCAGCGCAUCGGAUGUCCAUCAGCUUCCCGUGGGUUUUGGACCGUCUGCCUUCUUGAGUGCUAGUAGCGAGAGAAGAAUAAGUUGCGUGUAUUGGCGUGGGCACUGUCUCGCACGUCGCAAAACCGGUGGCGCUUUCUGGUGGGAUAAGUGAGUCCAAGUAGGAGUCGCGGUUAAGCUCUGUUGUAGGAGUGGUUAACAGUGUGUUGGCCCCGGUAGGGGUGUGUGAGCUUCACGCGUCGGUCUGUUGGUGAGCGGAGGGUGGCGCUUUCGAGUCGAACCGGCACUGUCCCAGCACGGGUAACAGUGAACCCGUGUUUGUCAGGGCCCGGAAAGGUUCGCAUGUGUGUGAUCGGGAUCGCGCUUCAGUGGAGGGUUUUGUCUCCUCAACUCCACGUGUAACGCGCGCAACAC